GUCACUACGCUGAGCAUCCUCUGGAUCUUCUGGUCAGGAGAAACGGGUUUAAAGGCCGGGUUCAUCCAUUCAUACCGCUCUGCCAUGAAAUGGCGACAAGCGGAAGCUGAAGGCGAUAGUCUCUGACCCCAAACGCCGAGUUGUGGAUUUGAUUUUGAAUUGGUUUUGUCUACUGGCCAGGCAGGCCGAUGCAGAUGAUGCGUGAUGGACUGAAGUUGUGGAGUAAUGGCUCCGAUGCCCACAACAGUGACCCUGAGGAAGAUGAGGAUGAGGAGGAGAUGUUGUUUGGGGAGAAUGAUGAUGAGUCAGAGGACAUGAUGGACUUGAGUGACCUGCCCACCUCACUGUUCGCCUGCUCUGUACACGACGCCGUGUUUGAGGAGGACAGGCAGCGGGAUAGGCUUUGCCUGGAUCAGAAGGAAACAUUAAGGAGGCUUUCACAAAUCCAACAUUCAUUCCAUGUGAAUCAAGUAUGGGCAAAAAUGACUGAUCUGAGACUGCCAAUCAGCGGUGGUCUCGUUCUGCGUCUAAGAGAUCUGUAGCACAAUAUCAUAACACAGUUCUACGCUCAAUCAACUGAAAUAAUGAAACCAGCCAAACAUGCUGUGCAUUAUGCGACAUGCCUAAUUAUUAUUAUUUAUUUAUUUAUUUAUUUUUAAUGAGGGCUGCUAAACAGACCCAUGAGGUGCAAACUUAACCUAAAUAUGUCCCAUGUCAAACCAAGCAACAAACCAAAAGUACUGAUUUCACUUUAAUUUGGAAUUGGCAAAUGGUGACGUGAGUGUGCUUUAAGGUUAGAGCUCAGUUUGUUAGUAAUUACUAUCAUGGCUAGCUAUUUUAGUCCCAGUUUCUCAUCCAUAAGCCAGAUGAUGUAUGCAAAUUUCUUAACAUGUGUAAAUAUUUGCAUUAACAUAAAAACAUUCAACAACUGAGACAUAAAGUGAACAAGUUUCAUAGACAUUUGAGGAACAGAAAUGGAGUAAUGAGUCCCUGAACAAAGGUGGGGGGGGUCAAUAUUAAAAGUAACAGUCAGUAUGUGGUGUCCUCCAGCUGCUUUAAGUACUACAGUGCGUCUCAUCCUCAUGGACUGCACCAGAUGUGUCAGUUCUUGCUGUGAGAUGUUCCUCCACUCUUCCACCAAGGCAUCUGCAAGUUCUUGAUCACGUCUGGGGGGGACACAUACUUACAUGUAAUUUUCCACUGAAAGGACGUUCAGCUGUCCUUCCUGUCUCCCUGUAGCGCCGUCUUAGGCGUCUUACAUUACAGACAUUGCAGUUUAUUGCUCUGGACACAUCUGCAGUCCUCAUGCCUCCCUGAAGCAGGUCUAUGGCAUGUUCCCGCAGGUGAGCAGGAACCCUAGCCAUCUUUCUUCUGGUGUUUUUCAGAGUCAGUAGAAAGGUCUCUUUAGUGUCCUAACUUAUUGUAACUGUGACCGUAAUUGCCCACCACCUGUAAACUGUUCAUGUCUUAAGGACUGUUCCAAAGAUGCAUGUGCAAUAAUUGUUUAUGGUUCAUUGAACAAGCACGAAAAACAUUGUUUAAAAACUUUCCAAUAAAGAUC